AUGGGCUUCCUCUACUCGCAGCUGUGCAUUACACCCGCAUAUCCGACUGCUUCGUUCACGGGCCAAACAAUCAUCGUCACCGGCUCCAAUGUCGGCCUCGGCCUCGAAGCUGCCCGUCACUUUGUUCGCCUAGAUGCCGCGAAAGUCAUCCUCGCUGUCCGCAAUCGAACAGCCGGAGAGGCGGCGAAGAAGAGCAUUGAAGAGUCUACGCAGCGCCAGGGGGUCGUGGAGGUGUGGGACCUGGAUCUAGCCAGCUAUGCCUCCGUGCUGGCCUUCGCAGAGAAAGCAAAGCAGUUAGCCCGAUUGGAUGUCCUGCUGUGCAACGCGUCCAUCGCCACAGAAAACUUCCGGCUGGUGGAAGGCCACGAGAGCAGUAUCACCGUGAAUGUGCUCGGAACCCUGCUGCUGGAGAUCCUGAUGCUGCCGGUUCUGCGGCGCAGCGCAAGGGCGUACGGGACGCGGCCGCGGUUGACCACGGUGGUCAGUGAGGUACACGCCUGGUCGAAAUUUCCUGAGUGGAAAGCAGAGAACACAUUCACCGCACUGGACGAUGAGAAGCACACGAGCAUGGGCGAGCGGUAUGCGACGACGAAGUUGUUGCAGGUGUUGGCGCUCCGCGAGAUGGUCGCGCGCAUGGAGAAGGAUGAGGCGGUCAUUAUGAAUAUGGUGAAUCCCGGCCUAUGCCACUCGCAGCUCGGUCGGGAGGCUGGGAUUGGCCUGGCGCUGCUGAAGAUGGCCCUGGCACGGACGACGGAGGUGGGUAGUCGGACGCUGGUUGCUGGUGCGGCGGCGGGGGAGAACAGCCAUGGGGCGUAUAUGACGGACGGGCUGGUGGAUAACAAUGCCUUGUCGCCGUUUGUGCGCAGUGAAGACGGGAAACAAGCGCAGGAGAAGGUAUGGAGGGAACUGGGGGGGAUUCUGGAGGAGAUCCAGCCGGGGGUGAUGAGCAAUUUGUAG